CAUUCUAAGCAUAAAAAGGGGGAAACUCUGGAUCCCUUCCACCAAACAAAGGGUUAGAGUCUUGCAUUAAUCACAGAACACAGCAACCAACACCAGCACCAUGUACGUCUUGCCAGGAGCUAUUGCCAUUUUAACCUUGAUCGCAAAUGUCAAGUCUGAGGAGCCGAAGCCCACACCUCUUCCAGUGAGGGCGAAAGUGAAGGUGAGCGCGGGGGAGGCUCGGCUCUUCUCAGGAGAAGAUGUCCAACUCUCCUGCAGCGUACCUGAUCAACCUGAGCCCAAAUGGACGUACCACUGGUUCCGGGAUGAGGAGUCUUUGGGGAGUUGGAAAGUUUACCACUUGCAAAAGUCUCAAGUCCAGCAAGGAGGAAACUAUACCUGUUAUGGAGAGAAGGACAUUGAAACCUGGCCCUAUUCAGCAGAGACACUUCCAAGCGAGCCGCACACUGUAUAUGUGGAUGGUGGUUGGGCCCUUCUGCGAGUCCCAGCUGAGCCUUUACUCAUCGAGGAAACAAUGACCUUGACCUGCCGCAUUCGUGAUGAACCCAUCCUGGUGGAGGUGCUCUUCUAUAAGGAUGGGAUUGAGAUCCAUAAACUGAAGGACAAAGACCUGGUGUUACCAAAACUCACGCUGAAGGACAAGGGCAAUUACUGGUGCAGAGCCACGUGGGUCCAGGGUUUUGAAUAUCACUCUGCCCAGUCCCUGCCUGUUUAUGUAGCUGUAUUAGAUAAACUCAACACUCCUGUGCUGGAAAUUGAGCGAGAAGAGGUGGUGAGAGGGGAAAGGGUGGUCCUAAGGUGUGUGACCCAGCUAAAUAUAAGAGACAAGGACCUGAGUAUAGACUACUACUUCCUGAAAGAUGGCUCCAGGCUGGGGCCUGCCUCGCCCCAGGAAUCUUACCUCAUCCCAUUCAUAGAAGAAGAGGACGCCGGGCUGUACUCCUGCAGAGUUCGUGUGAGAGCUCUGGAUUUGGAAAGACUGAGCGAGCAGGUGGAGCUGAAGGUCAGGUUAGAUGAUGUCUAGAGCUUUUAGUACUAAAAGAGCCAAGUCCCGGACCAGAACAUGCCAUGGAUUUCAACUGCUGGCUUUCUCUCAGCCAGUUCAUCAACUGCACUGUGGCUGCACAGGAAUGGAGUUUAGGGCCCAUUCUAUAAAUGGAGUUUUAUACACCUGAUCCUAAUAGACCUCAGAAGUCACACGUCAUGUUGUAGUCGAUGUGUUGCCCAUAUUAGGGAAUGCUGCCGUAGCGCCUGUAGUAAUCAAAACGUUCCAAACCCGAUAUGUUUUGUCCUACAUACAUUUUCUUCCCUUCAUGUCGCUGAAUCUUCUGGAUUAUGAGGCUGUUUAGCCACCAAAAUAUGAAUAAUAUGUUACACACACACACAAAAAAAAACAACUAGUCACCAAGCAUCCAAAACACAACCUAUCGCUGUUGUCAGAACGAAAA